AUGACGUUAUCAGACGAUACAAUUGUUGGAAUCGUUUCCAUACUCAUCAUGUGCAUCGUCGCAGGUCUCCCAUACCUCCCAAGACUCAUUCGUCGUCGUAACGCUGAAUCACUACAAGAAACCCCGAUCAAUUACGAUCCGUUUGUCACGUCGUCUGCACUCGAAUCUGUGACAUUCUACGCCACCAGCGUAAGGGUCGAUACGUUCACGCGUUGGUCAUCCAGUAAACCAGGUCCUCCCUGGACCGUCUCUGAUCACGGAUCGGGACUCGAUUCCUCCUCUACGUUGACUUUCUCAGAUGACACUUUACCAUAG